UUUCAUUGCCUCCUCCAUCAGCAACAUGGCUCACCGCGCUAAAGCCACGACGUUCGCCCAGGCCUGGCUCCGUGACACGGCUGCGUGGCCCGUCAUCGGCGUCAUCGUCGGCGCGUGCGCGCUUGCUGGCGGUGCAUCGGUGCGCUACUUGACGAGCUGCCCGCACGUGCACUGGAGCAAGGAGAACCGCGGCAGCCCGAUCCGCGACAACGUCAACGAGUCGAGCUGGAACUCGCACCGCAACCCGAUCCGGCUCAUGAGCGACAACCGCAUCAACACGUUCCAGGAAAAGUCGCGCCAAUAGAUGUCUAGAUAGUACCUAAGACGUCGAAACAAUAAAGACGUCGAUUACAUUUCUCA